CAAAUUAUUUAGUUGUAUCACAUAUCUUGAAUGUAGUAUUCCAGAGGUCAAAGGGUUGUGGGAAUUCAAGAUGGCUGCCUUUCGGAAGAAUUUUUGACACUCUCUGGAAAUUCUUCAUAUUUCCGGCUUCGUUUGGUUGUAAGGGACAGAAUUUGUCAAGUAAACUACUUGUAUUUUGUACACAGAUGUGACUAGGCAGUGAUGACCACAAUGCGAACUAGAAUGCCUGUUCUAGCUGUAUCCAAAGCCUUCGUUUUAGCGUUGGGGAGGGGGGCGAAGACUCUUCGACCUUUCUCAACUUCCACCAAACUUGCCUCCGAAGAAAGUACGAGAGUCGUUGUGACGGGACUGGGACUUGUAACUCCGCUUGGAACGGGAACAAAACACGUGUGGUCAAGAUUACUGAACGGGGAGUGCGGAAUUACGGCUGUGCAGGGCCCUGGGUACGAGAAGAUCCCGUGCCAAGUUGCCGCCCACGUUCCCAGGGGAUCAGAGGAAGGGCAGUUUAACGCGGACAACUUUGUUUCAGCGGCCGACAAGCGCGCCAUGUCAGACAGCAUGGUCUUCGCUCUGGCAGCUGCUGACGAGGCUCUACAGGACGCAAAAUGGAAGCCAGAAUCUGAAGAAGACUGCAACAUGACUGGAGUUGCCAUAGGGACUGGCAUGGUCAGUCUACAAGACAUUGUCGACACCGGCGUUGCCCUACGAGAAAGGGGCUACAACAGAGUAAGCCCGUACUUUGUCCCGAAGAUCCUGGUCAAUUUAGCAGCAGGGCAUGUCAGCAUGAGGUACAAUCUGAGAGGGCCGAACCACGCCGUGUCCACUGCCUGCACCACGGGACUUCACGCAAUAGGCGAUGCCUACAGGUUCAUCAAGUUUGGCGACGCAAACGUCAUGGUGGCCGGCGGCACAGAGGCAAGCAUUAACCCACUGGCCUUUGCUGGAUUCAGCAGGGCAAGGGCUUUGACGACUAAGUUCAAUGAUGACCCACAGACAGCUUCCAGACCGUUCCAUCCCGAGAGAGACGGAUUUGUGAUGGGUGAGGGAGCUGGUGUGGUCGUUCUGGAGGAAUACGGUCAUGCCAAGAGGAGGGGGGCCACUGUGUAUGCUGAAGUUCUAGGCUACGGGCUGUCGGGGGAUGCGAGUCACAUGACGGCACCUUCCGAGACCGGAGACGGAGCUAUGCGGUGCAUGAAGAGAGCUAUGCAAUGCGCCAGCGUCACCCCCUCUGAAGUGACAUACAUCAACGCACACGCUACAUCCACACCUCUCGGAGACGCUGUGGAAAACGCUGCAAUCAAAACUAUGUUCAACGGCUCCACAUCAUCCUUAGCUGUUUCGUCGACAAAGGGGGCAGUUGGCCACCUGUUAGGAGCUGCAGGUGCAGUGGAAGCCAUUUUUACAAUCCUAGCCUGUGCAGAUGGCAUGCUUCCACCGACACUGAACCUGACAAGGGUGGACAAGGACUUUGACCUGAACUAUGUCCCCUGUAGGGCCCAGGAGUGGAAGGUGGGGGAUGUGGGGAAAAGGAUUGCGUUGACGAACUCAUUUGGAUUUGGUGGCACAAAUGCAUCUCUAUGUAUCAGUAGCAUCAAUUGAUAUAACAAGUUAGGCAUGGCUGGCUAGGGAUCUGUAAAUUUGUCAUAUAACAAUGUUUGGCCAGCCGAAAGUAGCAAUUAUCAGCCAUGUUUGGAUUAGUGUAGAAGAGACGAAGUGAUUCAACAAAGCUUGUUGUUAUAUUACAAUG